UAAUCCCCAGCGGGCCUCGUGCUCCUACUAACUUGCGAGCAGGGCAGAGCGCGAGUCACAAUCUGCCCAAGGCGAGGGAGGGCAAGAAACACGCGCAAGAGGAGAAACCGACCGUGUGAGGGGGGAACACGAACGCUCCGCAUCUCAGCGAGCGCAAUUAGACAAGUGCUGUUGAACGUGGGCUAUGUACGCAACAAGGGGGGAGCGCAGAGUACAGAGGAGGUGAAUGCAUGUAGUAGCUCGGCUUCAGACUCACAGCCUCCUUCUUCAAGAGUCACUUCGCUCACAGAGGAAACGAGUGAGGGGAAAGAGGAACUCCUAGAAAACAGCAACUCUUGGAGAGAACUACGUGAGUACCAGCUACAGUUUUCCAAACAAAAGAUAGGACAGAGAGGAAAAACGGAAAAGUAGAGUUUCCCUGGAAGAGAAAAUGAAUGUCAGCGAAGAGAACCUGCUCAAGUCCAUCAGCAACGACGCGCUCCUCGACCUGACGCAGCGCUACGGCCAAUCAGCCUUCGGGUUCGGCGCUGGCCAUGGUCCUGGAAGUCCCGGCCGGUUCCCACUAACACCAGCCACCGACUUCCUUUCUGGGCAGACCACGAAGUCCAACGAGAGCGGCGGAGAGCACACGAGCGACGACGACGACGGCUUUGACUCGCUAGAGUCCCGGAAGAGGGGGUCAUCGUUUGGGGACGACAAGCCCGGGGGGCCCCUCACUAAAAAGUCCAAGGAGCAGCGCUCCCUGAGGCUCAGCAUCAACGCCCGGGAGAGGAGGAGGAUGCACGACCUAAACGACGCGCUGGACGGCCUGCGCGCCGUUAUCCCUUACGCCCACAGCCCCUCGGUGAGAAAACUCUCCAAAAUAGCCACUCUCCUCCUGGCCAAGAACUAUAUCCUCAUGCAGGCUCAGGCUCUGGAGGAGAUGAGGCGGCUGGUGGCGUAUCUGAACCAGGGACAGAACAUGACCUCACCCAUCCCCACCGCUCUGGCGCCCUUUGGACAGGCUGCCGUCUACCCGUUCUCGGGCUCUGCGCUCGCCACCUGCGCCGAAAAGUGCAGCACCUUCUCCGGGACACCGUCGACUCUCUUCAAACACUGUAACGACAAGCCUUGAUCCGGUUUCUUUUUCUUUCCUGAACUUUUGAACCUUUAAUGCACCCAUGACGGUCUCUCUCUCUCUCUUUCUCUGUGUCUCUCUCUCUCUAUCUCUCUCUCUCCCCCAACUCUAGUUCUUUUAAAAUAAUUCUGUGGAAAUAAGAACAAGUUUAGUAUGAUGCAUACACUUAAAGUAAGGUUAAGUAAUUCAACUGCAAUGUGUCCUCCAGAUUAAACAAAAGUUCCAUUGAGAAGAAACAGUUACGGCCUUCUGAUAAGUCACUUUGCCGCCCUUGCUCUACAGGCCAUGUCCGAAUGAUCAGUUUUAGUCAUCAGCUCUCAUUUGUAAUCUAUGCAACAUUCAACAAUAUGAAAAGUAGAAAUGCCAAGUAAUGCGACCUAAUCUCGACAUUCAGAUUAGACUAUGAAAGUAUCCCCCUUUACUUAUUUGUACCGAUGCUGUGUGGGAAAAAUGGUAUGUUUGGCUGAGUUAUUUAGGCUAACGAUUUACACAUUUGUUGGAAAGUUUUUAAUUAUUCUGAUUAUUUUGAUUUAAGUUACUGCACAUCUCACAUGAUUGUAUUGUACAACUGUGGAAACUCCGGCUAUACUAACAGUUAUAUAACUUACAGCCUAUACAUUGAAUCAUUGAAGAAGCGUUCUGGUUGUGUUGCAACAUGGAUUUCAUAUAUUGUUUAUAUGUCUUUAUAAUUAAAACACAUAUCUAUGCUUGGA